UGUGGGAGGCUAAAACCGCCAGCCUCGUUUUUACGUCCCACCAUUACCCCCCAUGUAAGAUGUAUUACGUUAUGAAUGAGGCUCUUAGGUUAUCCUUCUUUUCUUCAUAUCGUCAUUUCUUAAUCUCAUUUUUACCUCCUCAUUCCUUGCCUCGGGAAAACGUAUGCCAUAGGUCUGUCUCAGCUAGCUCCCGGCGGCUCAAAUGAUCAUGGCCCCUUGCUGCUUUGAUUGAGGCUCCUCUCAGACUAACUACGGACUCCACUUUUUGUAUAAGACCCCCCAUGCCCUCUCAAGGGCACGACUCUCAUAAUAGCUUCCGGUCUCGUCUCCCAAAAAAAUUCUCUGCGAUGCAAUCAGCCUCCCGUCGUUCAUCUUUAAUACGUUUGGUGCAUAUAAGUGCGCCCUGUUCAUCGCUUCCUAGCCGCCCAUGAGUUCCCUGGAAUCAUUGCCAAACGAGCUCUGGUGGGCUAUUGCUUCUUCGUUAGAAAUCGAGGAUGUCAUCAGCCUAUCUAGGACAUCGAGGCAGUUAUAUCAAUACGUUUUUAGUAACCAGGUGUCUAGGGCUGUAGCUCAGGCCAAAAUCCCAUUGAGCAGGGAAUUCAUUUCGGCCACGCAAUGUCGCACGAGCUCGGCCCAAGCCUUGCGUAAAUGGGCCAAGAAGACGGAAGCAUUAACGACAGCGAAACCCUACUCGGUCGCCAUCGUUGGUGUAGGGCAAACUUAUAUGUACUCCAAAGGUGCUCUGUGGUACAUGCACAACGGUACACUACGUCUGCUGGAAACACGGCAAUCCCCUAGGGAGGAACUAGUUGUUGAUCUAUCUAGUCUUCUCAAUAAGACUGCUUUUAAGGCGCAGUCAAAGGUUGCAGGAUCAUUCUCGUUCCUUCAUUAUCAUGAGGAUGUUUUGUCCUGUUUGUUCAGAUACGCGCACCCAAGACGUGGAGGCUGGCUUAUUGCGGUGGACGUUAAGAAACCAGCUAUUCUCCUCAGCACUGAGGUAGCCUCAACUGAAAAACUCUUUGCACGUCAUGAUAGAGACUAUCUCUACUACGGAGUCCACAUCUCCAACGACUAUGACAACCGCAAGAGGUGGGUUCUUCAUGGGUAUGAUUUAAAGAACGGCAAGUUUCUGGGGCGCAAUAACUUCCUCUAUGAUCUAAUUGGUGCUGAGAUUGGCUCCACUAUCUGCUUCGAAGUCGUGGAUGGCUUUUUCUAUGCAGUUUCUAACCAGACGACAUAUGAAGUGGAGGAAGUUGACUGGACAUCUUUCUACCAUGGCAGGCGAUUUCCACUCAGCAAUACAUCUGAGAAGAAGCUAGACAAAACAGAAGAUCAGCGUAUGUGGCGCCGCCAACACCUCGAAGGGCCUCUAGACGAUCGCUGGACGAACCUUGCUCUUGCAAUCGACGAAACAACUGGCCAACUCACAAUCGUGGAAUCACGCAAGGAGUGGCUCGAGGGCCGCACCGUCGGCCAAAGAACAGUUUACAAAACCAAAGUUGUUUUUCCCAAGCGGCCAGUCACGGAGAACAACAGCAGCAGCCCCCCCCAAGCUAACACUGCGCCCGCACUGCCGCCCGCCUCACCAAAUACGUUUCAGCCAUUCGGCACUGCACCAUUCCAAGCGCAGCACCCCAUGGAUUACCCCUCGUCCUCACCCUCCUCGGACGAACACCAGCGUCGCAAAGAAGACUUGGCAGCACUAACCCAAGACCGCCUCGCGCUCACCAUCACCGCCUCCAACAAACCGCACUUCUCGCCUUCCCAGAUCCGGCUCCCGAGGAACGUGCACGCCGAGUCUACUACGCUGCCAGGUCAGCGCUCCUUCAUCGUCACCAAGACGCCAGUGAGAUGCUAUGAUCUGUCUUCUAGCGCGUUCGUGGACCUGGUCAAUGACAUCCCGCACCCUGAUCCAGGAGUGCAGCAGUGCUUGCGCAUCCGGGCGUGUUCGCGCCGCCGCAAGGGGCCUGCGCGUGGGGGUGACGGGAUUAUCCCACCUCUAGCACGCAAUCCGGAGACCGGCGAGCUAGAGGAGGAAGAGGGGUUGGAUGAGGAGUAUGAAGACGGCACAGUCGAGAUGUGGCCGCCAGCACCGGAUGCACAGGGGAAGUAUAGCGAGGGUGGACGGGACCUCCACGUGCUGAUGAAUCCGCCGGGGUAUAUGGGGAAGGUGCACGGGACUUUUGAUGGGACGGGGUUGGUUUAUUCGACAGGGGGGGAGGGGCAGAAGGCGAUUGUGUUGGUGAAUUUUGAUCCCGCGGUGUAUCUGCGUGGAUUGAGGAAGUGCUCGAUGGAUGAUUUGGGCUCGGGGGGCGGUGCUGCAUCUGCUACUUCUCGGGCGUUCACAUCCCAGGAGUCUAGUGGAGGAGCAUCACCUAAACGGCCUAACUCCUCGAUAUUCACCACGGCAGAAUAUGGUAUGAAGGCGUCCUACCAUUCACCAAAACGGGCAAAAACAACCCCAUCACCCCCUACUCCGUGCCCAACUGAAGGACCAGCACCAGCACCAGCGGUAAAGCAGCAACCAAACUGCCCCUGGCUCCGCCGCGAAGCAGCAAUGUACCUCUCGAUAUCACGAGGCUUCGAUUUCGGCUUAUAACUAUCUAGCGUAUUAGUGUGCGUACUUCAAACAAUACAAAUAUUUUCCAUACCAACC